AUGGCAGCCAGUGAUGUGGCUGUAGGAAUCAUCUUCCUAGUACAGACUGUAGUUGGAACUCUGGGCAAUUCCUCUCUUCUCCUCCAUUACUUGGUCCUUUACUUCACUGGGUUCAAGGUAAGACACACAGACUUGAUUCUUCAGCACUUGAUUGUGGCCAACUUGUUAACUCUCCUGUGUAAAGGAGUUCCCCAGACAAUGGAAGCUUUUGGAGUGAAAAUUUUCCUCAGUGAUUUUGGAUGCAAGUUGCUUUUCUAUCUUCACAGGGUGGGCAGGGGUGUGUCCAUUGGCAGCACCUGCCUCCUGAGUGUCUUCCAGGCCAUUAAGAUCAGCCCAGGAGACUCAUGCUGUUCAAACCUUAAAGUAAAUAUUCAUAAAUACAUUGGCUCCUCCAUAUACCUGAGCUGGAUCCUGUACCUGUUCGUAAAUGUUGUUUAUCUUAUGUACAUGACUGGGAGAAGAAGCAACAAAAACAUCACAAUCCUAAAAGAUUUUGGAUACUGUUCUGGUGUUCGUCAUGACGCAACCACAGACUCACUGCAUGCAGCAUUGCUAACCUUCCCUGAUGUCCUGUGUGUGGGACUCAUGCUCUGGGCCAGCAGCUCCAUGGUGCUCAUCCUGCACAGGCAAAAGCAGAGAAUGCAGCAGGUUCAUAAGUCCAGCUCCCCCAGGUCCUCCCCUGAGUCCAGAGCCACCAAAACCAUCCUCCUCCUGGUGAGCACCUUUGUCUCUUUGUACACACUUUCCUGCAUGUUCCAAGUUAGUUUAGCUGUUAUUUAUAAUGCCAACUGGUUUGUGGUGAGCACGGCUGCAAUCAUCUCUGGGUGUUUCCCAGCUGUCAGCCCCUUUCUGCUCAUGAGCAGAGACUCUACUGCAUCCAGGAUCCACUCUGCCUGGAUACAGAAUAGGAAGAAUGCCAGUCAUGUGAGAAAAAUAUACAUCAUUUACUUUUGUACAAUCUGUUUUCGAUCACUCAUCUCCACAGACUUAAUGAUAAGGCAGUCACACUGUAAGAGUGCAACACAUGCACACACGUUUGCUUAG